AGAAAUUAACAUCCGAAUUGGGAAUUUGUUUGUUAAAUUCCCCGCUUGGACUGUUACACACCAAACCUCGAGCAACUCAGUCCUCUCGGCGGACUCUCCAACGCCUCCACCACCUACCCAUUAAAACCCAACCCUCCCAUCCCAUUUCAGAUCUUCACCACCAAUCCCCAAAAUGCAGACCGCAGCUUUCACCCUCUCUUCGCCAUCUCCGUCUCUUCCUCUUCUCAACCACCGAAGAAUCACUCACCUCACUUCUUCUCCCUCUAGAUUCGAUUCUAUUCGCGCCUCUUCUUCUAGUAAUAAACGACAGGAUCCUCUUCUCUCUAGCAAUGUCGUUUUCCCCCGCCGAUCCUGGUCGUUUUCUUCCUCUAUCUCGCCUCUCCGCCCUUGGAAUCCUCUUGUCUCCGAGGAGAAAACUGACAGUUUUCAGGUUAAGGCUGCUGCUGUUCCUGAAAGCGCCGGUGAGAGUGAGAAGCCUGCUAGUGGCUUGAGUAAGACUCUUGAGCUUGGAUCGUUGUUCGGCCUUUGGUAUCUUUUCAAUAUUUACUUCAAUAUUUACAACAAACAGGUUUUGAAGGUCUUUCCAAACCCAGUAACUAUCACCUUAAUUCAGUUUGCUGUUGGGACAGUGCUAGUUACUCUCAUGUGGACUCUUAAUCUUUACAAAAGGCCAAAAAUCAGCGGUGCUCAGCUUGCUGCAAUCCUCCCACUGGCAGUGGUUCACACACUAGGCAACCUUUUCACUAAUAUGAGUCUUGGGAAAGUGGCUGUUUCAUUCACUCACACAAUCAAAGCCAUGGAACCUUUCUUCUCAGUUCUUCUCUCUGCUAUGUUUCUCGGUGAGAUGCCUACUUUAUGGGUGGUAGGUUCCAUUAUACCAAUUAUGGGUGGUGUGGCUCUUGCUUCAGCCACUGAGGCAUCUUUCAAUUGGGCUGGGUUCUGGAGUGCAAUGGCUUCCAAUUUGACAAACCAAUCCCGUAAUGUCCUUAGCAAAAAGGUCAUGGUUAAGAAAGAGGAUUCCAUGGACAACAUCACUCUGUUCUCAAUUAUAACAAUUAUGUCCUUUUUCUUGUUAACCCCUGUGACUCUAUUCAUGGAGGGGGUGAAGUUCACUCCUGCAUACCUCCAGUCUGCUGGGUUGAAUGUGAAACAAGUAUACAUGAGGUCUCUUAUUGCGGCACUCUGCUUCCAUGCCUAUCAGCAGGUGUCUUACAUGAUAUUGCAAAGAGUAUCCCCUGUUACCCACUCUGUCGGUAAUUGUGUGAAGCGUGUGGUGGUCAUUGUGAGCUCUGUCAUCUUCUUCCGAACGCCUGUCUCACCUAUAAACUCUCUAGGUACUGGGAUUGCCCUUGCUGGAGUUUUUCUUUAUUCAAGAGUGAAGCGCAUUAAGCCAAAGGCAAAGACAGCUUAAAGAUAAGUGGGAUUUUUUUGUGAUUAAAAUGGUUUAAUAGAUGAUGACACACCAUGGAGAAUUUGUCUGUAGAUCAAGCCAGGAACACAAUUAUGUCUUUUUUUUCUUUGGGUUUGUAUUGUUUGAUUAGCUUAAUUAACUCGGAUAAUUCGUUCGCUAGUGGCCUUUAGCCAUGCUGAGAAAUUCUGUCAAGAAAAAAGAAAAUUAUUUCUCUUUUGAUUCCA